AGUACUGUGUUUGUUGACGGAUAGGCCUCGAGAAUUGUCUGGGCUGUCUUGUAUAUAUCUUGUAAUCGCACUUCUGUUUUUCAAUACAAUCAGAGAGUAAGGUAGUAUCCUUCCACAUUAUUAUUAUAAUAUCUACACAUUAUUGUUAUUGGUCACUAUUCUAGAAGAUCAUUUAAAUAUUUUUGUUUUCACUGCAUUGAUGACUUUCUCUUGGGAUAUGUUUGUAUUUUCAUAUUUCUCUCAUAUGAAGCUCACAGUACCUUUUCACAAGUUUUGUCAUAUAAGUUUAUUAUUUGUAGCUUCUGUUUCUUGAAUAGUAUGUAGAGAAACUGCUUUUGGUCAAGGAUACCGAAGCAUCCGGCAACAAUUCUUAUGCAAAAAGUAUCUGGGAAGCUGUCCAAACAAAUGACUUGCGAGAAGUCUACCGCCUCAUUGCAGUUUCGGCAGUGUCAAUUGUCAACAAAACUUAUGAUCAUGCGGUCAGUGUCAGUUCAAGCCCGAAUUUGGAUGAGGAACCCUCGGGAGGCAAUCGAGAAUCACAUAAUCCAUCAUCGUGCGGGAGAGAUAUGGAUUCUAAUGAGUCAAGGAGCAGUCUUCAAGGUUGCUCAUUAUUGCAUCUCGCUUGUCAAAAUGACAACCAAGUGAUGCUUGAAUUGUUAUUGCAAUUUGGUGCUGAUAUAAAUGUACGCGACUCUCAUGGAAGGACGCCUCUACACCAAUGCAUCUCCCAGAAAAACAACACGCUGGCUAAGUUGCUACUGAGAAGAGGUGCUCGACAAUCAAUCAAAGAUGGUGGAGGAUUAAGUGCGUUAGAAAGAGCAAUGGAAAUGGGAUCAAUUACCGAUGAUGAGCUAUUUCUUUUGCUUACAGGAUCCGAAUAAAGCAUAUGGACACUUUUGAUUUAUCAUUAAUAUUAACACCAUUGUUUAUUGUGUAACUUACUGUAUUCCUUUUUCUGUUAAUCGAAUCUAAAGAUUUGUUGAGCUAUUUUUCAAAAGACCUAAAGUUUUGUAAUUAUUGUUAACUUCUGCUAUCUCUUCAUUGUUGAUGAUGAUAAGAAUAAUUUAUUAAUUUCCAGUGAA